AUGACUGCAGUGGACCAAACAAGUUCAGACAAAUCUGUCAUAAAUGAAAACAGUGAAGGUGAGGGAGAUAUUUCGCACUUUACAUGGGUUAACUUGGCCCAAUAAAAAUGCAGCAUAGUAAGCUUACAUACGAAAUUAAAGUCUGAAAUAAGUGCUCGGGUUAAAGUUGCCAUUGUUCAACGUUGAAGAGGUCUUUAAGCUCAAAGUUAGCCAGAGGUGGUGGGAUAAUUAACAAACAGCAGUGUUCAUUGUCAAUUUCAUGUACUAGCCAUUUUUUGAAAACAGGGGCUUACGUGUGAUGAUCAAAUGACAAGUUUCGAAAAGCUGCGGAUUGCAAUUUGACAAAAAGCUGAUGAAAGUUUUCACUUCAAAAACCAAAAACUUUUUAGAGAAGCUCUACCUGUUAUGGGUAAUUGUCGUUGCUUCUAGAAAUCUCCAGACCGCUGAGUCAGGCUGACCUCCAUAUACUGACGCAGUAGUGGUAGUUGUUGUUGUUGUUGUUGUUAGAGCCACGACUGGUUUGAAAGCUAUACCGAGAGAUUGCUCAUUUCAAGGAACUUUGGAGACAGCAGUGUGAUUGUGUCGGUGGUGAGCUAGGAUAUAGACUGUGUUGGGCUUAAUUAGGUUUUAAUAACUAUAAUUACUGUACUGCUUUUAGGAGUCAUUCCUUGUUAAGAACAUUACUUUCUGUUUGAUAAAGUAGUUGAGAGUGUGGAAUUGUAGUGUUUUUCUGUCGGUUAGAUUAUACCAUAACACACCUCUAACUCUGAAAUAUCUAUCCUUCUCAGAUGUUUUUGUAUUUGCAUCACCCGUAAUUUCUUUCACCAACACGACAAGAAAUGGCAAGAACAUUGUAAUGGCACCUCGAUUUUGAUUAGGUGCCUACAUUUGUAUGAUUCUUUGAUUCUCACUUUUUAUUGGUUUAUUUCAGUGGGCUAAAAUACAUUUUUGCCCAUCAAAUUCUGCAUUUUAGCCAGCAAAACAGCUCAGCCUCAGAGAAAUGUGCCUGUUUGGACUUUCUUAGUAGUUCAUUUCUUUCAAGAGAAGCUUCUGAUGUUCAUAAUGCCCAUAGUAGCUCCAUGGCCAAUGGUAAAGUGCAGGUAAGUAUUACAGCUUCAGACCAAAUGCACUCAGUUUAAAUAAUUAUGCCAAACUGCUAGUAUGGCAAUUGCAUAAUUAAUUUCAACACUUACAAAUAAAAGAUUGUGGUUAUCCAUCCUGGUGAAUAACAAUAAAAGCUAAGUUUUUCGUUUGUCUCAUGAUGUAAUCACAUGUGACAUUUUGACUGCAUACUUCUUCUUCAGGCGAUGAGGUCGACUGGUCAUGCAUGAUCUUAUAAAGCAUGAUGCUCUGAUGUGGUUAGUUGUUGUUGUUUUUUUUUCAACAGUUCUAAUUGGUGCCUUUCGAUCCUUGCUGAGAGACCACAUUCUUGCUGAGAAAUUGCAUUUCGAUCCUUGUCGAAGCACCCAUUAGACAACUCAACACCAAACAAGCAGAUACUGUCAGAAGAGCUGUUCACGGUAUCCUUCAACAGGCAGAACUAACAGAGCCUAACAUCACAAAGGAGAUGUGAGAUGCACUUAAAAGCCUGAAAGAAGAACCAUCAUGGUUCUCCCAGCCGACAAAGGGCACCCUAGUGUAGUCAUGGAUACUGACACCUACCAAGCUACGGUGUCUACGCUUAUUGAGAACAGACCGUACCAACUCCUCAACAAAGAUUCAACAGACCGUUUGACCCACAAGUUGUCCGAAAAAGCUGCUUACCUUGAAGUAAAGUGGGUAUCUAUCCAAGGCCAUUUACAAGAUCAGACCCUAACACAAACAGCUGCAUAGAAUCUACGGUUUACCAAAGAUCCAUAAGACCGAUGUACCACUAAGACCUAUUGUGUUGUGCGUAAACACCUUUGCAUACGAUUUAUCUGCAUACUUAGCUAACAUCUUGUCUCCUUUCACAGGAAAGUCAGAGUUCGUAUUCACCAUCAGCAAUAAAACGAUCCUAGAAAACGAGAUAAUGGUAUCUUUCAACACAGAAUUACUGCUAACCAACGUUCCUCUCAAUGCCACUGUACAAGCCGCACAGCAGAAAUUCUAGAACAACCCAAGCCUUGUAGACCACACCACGCUAAUGCCUGCACAAAUCGCUGACCUUCUGACACUCACAUUGAGAUCCACAUACCACCAGUAUAACGGAUUGAUUUACAAGCAAAAGACAGCGCCGCCAUAGGGAGUCCGGUUUCCGCUGUUAUUGCUAACAGUUUGCUGAGAGUUUCGAAGAAGAGGCUAUAACUACAUCAUCCUACAAGCCUAGGAUCUGGAAAUGCUACGUGGACGAUACCUUUACCAUCCUGGAUUGCGAAAAUGUAGAUGACUUCUUACAACAACACAACCAGCACCCUUUCACCUGCUUCACCAUGGAGACAGAGAAAGACAACAAACUGACCUUCCUAGACACCACAGUUUUAAGAGAACCUGACGGCCACCUCACCACCCAGGUAUACAGGAAGCCCGCGCACACCAAUCAAUACUAAGUGCAUGGUUCACACCACCCUCAAUCAGUAAAGCACAGUAUUGUUAAGUGCCUUUACAAGCACGCCAAACAUCUCGUAAGAAAACCCUCCAUCAUCUCCGAGGAGAAAAAACAUCUCUCAUCUGUUCUGGUUUCUAAUGGUUAUCCUUUUUCUUUCUUGCAGAAACUUAACAAGACCAGAAAACCCUACAACAAUGCCAAACCCGCCAACAAGUUCAAAGCUACUGCAGUUUUACCUUAUGUCAAAGGUCUCUUCGAACAGCUUUGCCGCUGCUUACAACAACAAGGUGUAUGCAUUAUUCUCAAGUUGGAGACUAAGCUAAGAUCUCAGUUAGUACAACCAAAGACACUGUCCACCUGGCUAAACAAGAUGGCAUAG